AUGAUAGUGGAAGAGCUGGUCCUGCCCCCUUGUCUGCCAUGCUGCUGCACAGGUGAGCGGAAGAUGCCUUACCUCACCGCCCGGCGCCACCUGAAGAAGGUGGGAGGUGUGGACCUGUCCCUCAUCUGCCUUGAGGUGGUCACAUAUCUGGAUGAGAAGCCACCCCAACUGACAGACAAAUGCAAAAAUCUACAAUAUAGCUUGAAGUCUUUAUCGAACAAAACGAGAGGGUAUUCAGAGGACGACUACCUCCAGAUCAUCACAAACAUCCAGAAAUGCCCAUGGAGACGGCAAGCACAAGAAUAUGAGAAUUUCAGAGCAAAACUGGCUUCCUGUUGUGAUGCAGUUCAGUACUUCGUGGUUUCCCAGAACAAUACGCCGGUGGGGACUAACUUGAGCUAUGAGGCAGAAAGCAAGAAGCAAAUUCCUAUUCGAGAGAACAUUUUCCACAUGUUCCCAGUGUCCCAGCCUUUUGUAGGCUACCCCUAUAACCAGUGUGCAGUGGUUGGCAAUGGGGGAAUUCUGAACAAGUCUCUCUGUGGAGCGGAAAUUGAUAAAUCUGACUUCGUUUUUAGGUGUAACCUCCCCCCAAUCACAGGAAAUGCUAGUGAAGAUGUUGGGAGAAAAACGAAUCUUGUGACUGUCAAUCCCAGCAUCAUAACCCUGAAAUACAAGAACUUGAACGAGAAGAAAGAAAGGUUUCUGAAGGAUAUUUCCAACUAUGGAGACACAUUCCUUCUCCUGCCAGCUUUCUCCUACAGGGUCAACACGGGCAUCUCUUUUAAAGUCUACCAAACCCUCAAAGAGUCUAAAGUUAGGCAAAAGGUCCUCUUCUUCCACCCUAGAUACCUGAGACACCUUGCUCUUUUCUGGAAAACUAAAGGGGUAACAGCUUACCGCUUGUCCACAGGCUUGAUGAUAGCAAGUAUCGCCAUAGAACUGUGUGAGAACGUGAAACUCUAUGGAUUCUGGCCUUUCUCUAAGACUGUUGAAAAAAUUCCUCUCAGUCACCACUACUAUGACAACAAGUUACCCAAGCGUGGUUUCCACCAGAUGCCCAAAGAAUAUAGCCAGAUGCUCCAGCUCCAUAUGGGAGGGGUUGUCAAACUGCACUUUGGCAAAUGUGAAAUGCCUUAAAGUUUCCUAAUAUGAGAAUAUUUUCAAUAGGCUGUGAUAGGUGAGUCAUGGUGUCACCAAACACUAAA